AUGGCUAGAAUAUAUCGCAAUCCCGAGACACCCACUCUCGACGUCCCGAAGCUGGACCUCUUGACAUUACUGUUUGAAACCGAACACUGUGCGGCCCAGGACGACACCGUUUUACAUCAGGAAGCAGCGAACCCGUCCAACAAGAUCACCAAAAAGGACCUUCUGAACCUCACUCAAAGGAUCGCCCAUGGUCUACGGCAUCACUAUGGCGUCGGUGCCACUGGUCCGAACAAGGAUGUCAUCACCGUCAUCAGCUAUGGCCAGCCCAUGGUGCCAGCGGCAUUUUAUGGCACCAUCGCCGCUGGAGGAGUGUACUCCGCCGCCAGUCCUUCUUCCACGGUAGCGGAUCUGGCUCGACAGGUCAAUGUCGGCACCAGUCGCCUCAUUAUCUGUGGGUCGGAGCACAAAGACGUGGCGACCCAAGCGGCGAAACAAUGCAAUCUCCCGUUGGAAAGGGUUCUGGUCCUGGAAUCCAGUCCUUCGUGGAGCUUGACAAGCAUAGAUGGCCGGAUCAAUGCCCUCUCCGACCAGACGCUGAAGUGGGAGCGCAUCACAGAUCCUACGGCGUUGAAGAAGAGUCUAAUCGUAAUCCUAUGGUCCUCUGGCACAACGGGACUCCCCAAAGGUGUUAUGAUCUCUCACGAAAACCUCGUGCAAGAGAUCUUUGUGACAUCCAUGGCUGGAAGAGAGUGGGCGGCGAAGCAGAUCGAAGCCGGCAAGGAGCUCAAGCCGUACCGGACGCUUGCCCACCUCCCCAUCAGCCACAUUGCCGGUCUGUUCGGAUAUCUCGCCGCACCCUUCUUUGCUGGAGGGUUGGUGGUCUGGAUGCGCAAGUACGAGUGGAGUCUACUGUUGAAGUACAUGAAAGAAUACGAAAUCACCGCCUUCUACACCGUCCCCUCCAUAUAUCUCCGGAUAUCCAAGUCCCCUGACGUCAAGGACCACUUCAAGUCCCUCGACGCCGCCACAACUGGAGCGGCCCCGAUGGACGGGGACUUGCAGACUGCUGCAAACUCCAAACUUGGCCAAGGAGAGACCUUCAUCGGCCAGACAUGGGGAUUGAGUGAGACGACAGGUGCAGUGACCAUGAUGCCCAGGGGACAGAGUGAUACGACCGGUAGCAUUUCUCCGAUCCUUCCCAAUGUCGAAAUCAGGAUGGUCGAUGAGAACUACAACGACGUUGAGCCAGGGCAGGAAGGCGAAAUGCUCGUUCGGAGUCCGCUCGUCACUCAAGGCUAUUUCAACAACCCUCAAGCCACGAAGGAGGCGUUCCACGACGGCUGGUUUUGCACCGGCGACAUUGGAGUCCUGCGGAACGGCAAGUUUUAUAUCGUCGACAGGAAGAAGGAGCUCCUCAAAUACAAAGGUCUGCAAGUAGCGCCCGCCGAGAUCGAGAACCUGCUCUUCACCCAUCCCAAGAUCCAGGAAGCCGCCGUCGUGGGCGUCAACAUGCCAGAAGAUCCCGGCACAGACCUCCCACGGGCGUAUGUGGUUGCCGACCCGGCCGAGAUCAGCGAGGAGGAAAUCAAGGACUUUGUCAAGCAGCGCCUGGCGCCGUACAAGCAGCUGCGGGGGGGCGUUGUCUUUGUGAAGGAACUGCCCAAGAACGCGAUCGGGAAGUAUCUGCGGAGGGAGCUGCGAGACCGCGCGAAGAGGGAGUUGGGUUUGGUCAAACCGUCCAAAUUGUGA